GUAGCGUUCUCCCGCGCGCUUAUCAAGAGUUUACGUGGACGACUGUAGGGGUAUUAUUCGAUGGGGUUGUUUUUUUAAUUUCGAAUACGCCGUUCGUAAUCUCGCGUAUUUUGUGCGUGUUUCGUGAAUAAUUUGAACGUAAUCGGAUAUAUCGGAAGAGGUCGCCGAUUUUGUAUUUGGGGAAAUUUAAGAUCGAGGGGUUUAAAGCUAGAAUAUUGAUUUCUACCCACCCUUCUGUAGAAUGGUACUAAAACUACAAAUUAGUGCUGACCAGAAUCCGAUGUUAUUUUAAAUUCUCGCGAUGAGUUUCGCGUGUGGUGCAAGUUGUGCCGCUUGCGGACGUUCGGCGUCGAUUUUUAAUUUGUGUCCUUAAUCCUCCCCCCGCAGACGAAAAUUAGCGUGCGUGCCGAAUUGAAAAAAAAUAUGGGCAAAUUACGUAUAGAUAUUAUGCACUCCGGUUUCGAAAAGCUCAAAAGAAAAUUGUGACAUGCAUUUCUAAAUUGAGGUACCAUGCAGAAGGAUAAUUGUAAUUCAUCGUCCGAAAUUCAACAGUAUGUGGGACCUUAUCGACUGGAGAAAACACUGGGAAAGGGACAAACAGGGUUGGUUAAGCUCGGCAUUCACUGCGUCACCGGACGGAAAGUCGCCAUCAAGAUAAUUAACCGGGAAAAGCUAAGCGAGAGUGUACUCAUGAAGGUGGAGAGAGAAAUCGCAAUAAUGAAACUGAUCGAUCAUCCGCACGUGCUCGGUUUAUCGGACGUCUACGAGAACAAGAAAUACUUGUACCUGGUGUUGGAGCACGUUUCCGGCGGCGAGCUCUUCGAUUACCUAGUCAAGAAGGGUCGACUGACACCGAAAGAGGCCCGGAGAUUUUUUCGACAAAUAAUGUCCGCCUUAGAUUUCUGCCAUAGCCAUUCAAUUUGUCAUAGGGACCUGAAGCCGGAAAAUCUGCUCCUCGACGAGAAGAACAACAUUAAAAUUGCGGAUUUCGGUAUGGCCUCGCUUCAACCGAUCGGCUCGAUGCUGGAGACGAGCUGCGGGUCGCCUCACUACGCUUGUCCCGAAGUGAUAAGGGGAGAGAAGUACGACGGUCGAAGGGCGGACGUGUGGUCGUGCGGUGUGAUCUUGUACGCUUUAUUAGUAGGCGCUUUACCGUUUGAUGACGAUAAUCUUAGGCAAUUGUUAGAAAAGGUGAAAAGGGGCGUCUUUCAUAUACCUCACUUUGUACCGCCCGACUGCCAGAGUCUGCUUAGAGGAAUGAUCGAGGUUAAUCCCGACAAACGAUUAACGUUAACGGAGAUUAACAAGCAUCAGUGGGUGACCGCCGGUGGCAAGGGAGAACUGGAACUCGAACUGCCCAUGAUGGAAGUAGUGCAAACGCACGUGCUACCAUCAAUUGAUUCCGUCGACCCAGACGUUCUACAAGCAAUUUGCAGUUUAGGUUGUUUCAAGGAGAAAGAGAAGCUGAUCCAGCACCUCCUCAGCCCCAAUCACAACACGGAGAAGGUCAUCUACUUCCUGCUGCUCGAGCGAAAACGAAGGCGUCCGGCUUUCGAAGACGAAACCGACACGAUGCUGCGGGUGCGUACCGUCGAAACGACCGAUCCGCCGCGAAAGCGGAUAGAUACGUGCCGCGUAAACGGGCAGAGCACCCUGCAGUUCGGUCAAAUCAGCGAGGGCUCGCCGAUCACUCCGCGACGAUCGCACUUUAAUAGGCGUAGUCCGUCGACGGGCAGCACUCACGGUUCGCUUAAUAUCCAUUCGCCUACGAGAUCUUCGGGAGCGUCGAGUCCGAUCAUGUUUAACAGCACGCCGACAAAUGCACACAUGACGAUGUCAUCGCCGGUGAGUCCACGCGCUUCCACUCACCGUUCGGCGCCGACAAACUCAGUUCUAAGCACAUCGCAACCUUCGCCCACUCCGACGCACCACCGAGCGAACAGCAGCGGUGGUCCGACCGCCUCAUCGAUGCUAUCGACGCUCAUGUCACCCGAAACAGAUACCACCAGCCUAGUUCCCGGUUCCGGAAUUCUAACGCCAAUGACGCCGCCCGGAUCGCCUCACUAUCAAGCGGCCGCCAGUCAUCACUGGCGAUCCCGACUAAACACGAUCAAAAAUAGUUUCUUAGGCUCGCCGCGCUUUCACCGGCGGAAGAUGCAAGCCUCGUCCGAGGAGGUUCACCUUACGCCCGAGUCAUCGCCGGAACUAACCAAGAAAUCGUGGUUCGGCAGCUUGAUGACGACCGAAAAGGACGAGACGUUCACGAUUCUGGUGAAGGGAAAACCGUUGGCGUCGAUCAAGGCCGAUUUGAUACACGCUUUUUUAUCGAUAGCCGAGCUUAGUCACUCAGUAUCUAGUCCGAUGUCGUUUAGGGUUGAGUACAAACGCGGCUCGACUGCGCCCGCAAUGUUUCAACGCCAAGUACGCUUUCAGGUCGAUAUCGCUGCGAUACCGAAGCAGCAGACGAAUGACAACUCGAAGGAGUCUUUGUACGCGAUUACGUUCACUCUUCUAUCAGGUAACAUAAGGAGGUUUCGUCGCGUCUGCGAGCACAUCCAGGCGCAGGUGUGCAGUAGGAGGGCGCCGCCGAGUCCGAGGGCGCAACGAAAGUUCACGUCGGAGCUGAGCGAAAGUUCGAGCUGCGGAUCGGACUCGAGCGAGCUCUACUCGAAUCCGCGACAGCUAAAUGUUUUGCAGUUGGAAGGAAGCGAUCAAGAGAGCGAGUGUAGCGUGUUCGACGUGCGGACGGUCGUGCGAGAGAUCGGACGGAGGGCGUCGACCAAUAACAAUACGGAGGGGAUCGAUCAGUCGACGGGCGCCGGUGUCAAGGCGGUCCGAUCGAGUUCUGAGAAUACGGAUUCUUGCGAGAAGACUUGCGUAACGACAAUGUCUGGAAAUUCCAUAGCAUAAUAUUUUUUCAUUGAAUUUUCGUUGGAAAGCUUGUAAAUGCGGUUAUGUUGUUAUUAUGUUGACGUGUUCCAAACGAUUUACAGUAUUCUCUUAAUGGUGUGUGACAGUAUUUUGUAGGUAAUAAAUUUGUAUAUAAUUAUAAUCACAAGUAUGUACAGAAAGCUGCUUUUGUGACAUUUUCGAAGAGCAUGUUGACGUUUCUGUUUUUAAAGUGAGCUAUCUAAAUUAUUAUCGAACACCAAGUUGGUGGUUGUGCUCAGAAUGUUAUGAAGGAGUUCCGUUUUUAAAAAAUAAUUGUAUAUAGUAAGUUAGAACUUUUCUACAUUAAACAAUUGCCGGCCAUGUUUGUAUAAUGUAACUUAAAUAGAACAAUCGUUUUCCUCAACGCUUCAUUUCCUUUCUAAUUAUGACAAUACACGAUGUGCAAAUCGUUUACUCCGGCAAACAGCAUUGUACAUAUCAAUUGCGGUUAUGCUCAAAAGGUUUUCGCAUUUUAGAUCUCCAUAAUUUUAAGCGUACCGAGAACAACAAAUUUGCCUUCAUUUACCGUGCACCUCAAAAUGCUGCGACUAUACCUAACCUAGAGACGAUUUGUAAGUUUUGUAAAUAUUACAACAUAUAGUUAUAUUUAUCGUUAUAAUCGUUCGUUUAUUACUGCUGCUCUUAUUAUCGCGCUGCACUGUAUAUGUUAGUAUUAUUGGUGAAUUAUUUUAUAUAAAUCAAUUGAUAGUUGCGUGUAAGUCAGCUGUAAAAAAAUGUGAUAAUAAACAAAUUUGCACAA